GCGCGGCGUCCCCCUCCCCUGCCGCCGCGAUGGUAUCCGGCCACCGCCACCGCGGACCGACGUGGAGGCCAGCGAGCCACCAACGAAAAAGAAAAGAGAAGCCCAACUGCUACACAUGCGACAAGUUCGUUCACAGGGCAUCGAUCCCAACGGCCGGCCCAGGUCGGCAGGCGCCUUGUCCCCCGUUCCGAAUAAAAACCCACGCGUCGCACGCAAAGCCCAAACCGCCAGCAAAAUUAUCGUUUCCGCUUUCCAUCAGCCAACCGCCGGAGGGGAGAGGAAGAGUCCGCCGCGCCCCCGUCGCCUCGCUCGCCGCCGUACGGAAGCGGAACCGUCUCAACAGGACACGGACGUCACGCCCCCGCAAAUUCCGCAACAGAACAGAAAACCCUCUCAUCAUCGAAUGGCCCCGCCUCCGCGCCAUCUUCUACUACUGCCCGUUCUCCUCCUCGUCUCUCUGCUCCGCGCAGCGCAGAUGGAGACCGUCCACGCCGCCGCCGGCGAGGGAGAUCGCGACGAGGGCGCCCGCGCGCUGCUCGCGCUGCUGCAGCGCGUGCAGUCGGAGGCGCUGCGCGCGCUGGGGCCGCGCGACUUCGACCCCAAGCUCUACGUCGACCUGCCGCUCGCGCCCGGCGCCGACCGGGCCGCCGCGGAGGCCGCGCUCGCGACGGUGACCACGCGGGGGGAGAUGGAGGCGUUCCUGGCCCGGUACUUCGCGCGGGCGGGGUCGGACCUGGUGGAGGCCGACCCGCCGGACUUCGAGGCCGAGCCGCGCGGGUUCCUGCCGAGGGUCGCGAGCGGCGAGGCGCGGGCGUGGGCGCUGCAGGUGCACGCGCUGUGGAAGGACCUGGCGCGGCGGGUGGCGCCGUCCGUCGCGGCGCGGCCCGACCGGCACACCCUGCUGCCGCUGCCCGGCAGGGUCGUCGUGCCGGGCUCCAGGUUCCGGGAGGUCUACUACUGGGACUCGUACUGGGUCGUCAGGGGCUUGCUGGUGAGCAAAAUGUACGACACGGCAAAGGACAUCGUGCUCAAUCUUGUGUACCUCGUGGAGGAAUAUGGGUUUGUUCUCAACGGUGCCAGAUCCUACUACACUAAUCGAAGCCAACCACCACUUUUGAGCUCGAUGGUUUUGGAAUUAUACACGGCAACAGGUGAUUUGGGCCUUGUGAGGAGAGCAUUCCCCUCUUUGCUGAAAGAGCAUAGCUUCUGGGUAUCAGAGCUUCACAACGUGGAAAUAAUGGACAAUCAUGGACGGCUGCAUAAUUUGAGUCGUUACCAGGCCAUGUGGAACAAACCUAGGCCAGAAAGUGCAACAAUUGAUGAGGAACUGGCCUCAAAGCUUAAUUCUACGGCUGCCAAGGAAAAAUUAUACCACCAGAUUGCUUCAGCGGCUGAAUCGGGAUGGGAUUUUAGCUCUCGAUGGAUGAGCAAUUCAACUGAUAUGACAACCUUGGUAACAACAUUCGUUAUACCUGUGGACUUGAACACAUUCAUAUGCAAGAUGGAACGGGACAUAGCGGUCUUUGCUGAACUCAUUGGAGAGAAGGCAACUGCAGAACUUUUCUCACAGGCUUCAAAAGCACGCCAUACGGCAAUCGAGUCCCUUUUGUGGAAUUCUGAGAUGGAACAGUGGCUUGACUACUGGCUUCCCACUGAUGGAAAUUGCCAGGGACCCUACAAGUGGGAAUCGAAGUCACAAAACCACAACAUCUUUGCUUCUAACUUCGUACCCUUGUGGUUAAAUGCACAUAAUUCAGGUUUGGGGCCAUUUCUGGAUGAAGCGAAAUCAGUGAGAGUCAUGAGAAGCCUCCAAACAUCAGGGUUGGUCUGUCCUGCAGGAAUAGCAACUUCAGUAUCCAAUACAGGGCAACAAUGGGAUUUUCCAAAUGGAUGGGCACCAUUGCAGCAUCUGAUAGCUGAGGGAUUGCUGAACUCUGGUUCAACAGAAGCAAAAGAAUUUGCUGAGGACAUCGCCACGAGGUGGGUGAGAACAAACUAUGCAGCCUACAAAUCAAGCGGCGCAAUGCAUGAGAAGUACGACGUCGAGGCCUGCGGAAAAUCCGGAGGAGGCGGGGAAUACAAACCACAGACUGGUUUUGGUUGGUCAAAUGGUGUAUUAUUAGCAUUUUUGGAAGAGUUGGGAUGGUCCCAUGACAAGGAAAUAGGCUGCCCAUCCUGAUGAGAUCAAGCAAGCCACCUUAUCAGAAGAAAAAUGUGCACACGCCAAAAAAUUUAUGGAAGAGCCCUACACGCCAAAAAUCUAUGGAAGAGCCCUUCUGCUGAACUUUCUUAAGCAACUAAUUGACUGAGCCCUUGAUUGAUUGUGUGUCUAGUCUAUUCUUUUUGUUACAAAAUGACAGCGUGCAGUUGCUCUUUGUUGUAACUAAGGUUAUAGCCGGCGAACUGUUCCCCGACAGUCGCCGGGCAUUCUUCUGCUGUUUACACUGUAAACGACCUUGUACGAGGUAUCACUAUCAGAAGUACAGUACAUAUAUUUA